UGUUUCCGCAGAAGUUAUAAAAUGAAAGUGUCUUGAGAAAACAUGGCGGAGGAAACAGUCCUUUUGAGAAACUACCGAUGCGUCUUGACAAACCGAAAAACGCUCCUUCCAUAAGACAUGUAUUUAAGACAAAUCUGAGGGUGAAUGAGAAGGAUAGAAGAAUAGAAGAACAGGGAGCCCUGCAACAGAUGGAACGGCCCCCACAGAGCCCCUCACUGAACAUUGUGUCUAUCUGGGAUUACAUAGACAAGCAAUUGAGACAGCCUAAAUAGAUAGAAGAACUGUGGCCAAUUCUCCAAGAAGCUUGGAACAUCCAAUCUGCCAACAACCAAGAAAAACUGUGUCCAGGUUUCUCUAGGAAAUCUAGAGCCAUUUUGAAGACAAAGGUGGUCACAGUGAAUAUUGAUUUAGCUUUUUUUAUGUUUACUGUAAAGACAUCCUCACUAUGCUACAUUUUCCACAAGUGUCUAAAACUUUGGCACUGUACUAUAGUUUUUCUUUUUAUUUAUUGUGCUUUUUCGGGACAAAAAUGUCCAUGAGAUUUUUCCAAAGCGUGCGUCUGUAAUUGCAAGCAGUUCCUCGUGGUCCCCUGCUUUCAAUGGCCUCCUAUGGGAUUUUAUGAGAAACAUCUGGCCAGGAUCCGACUGACAGAUUGGACACAGCAGCUCCUGUAUGUACACUGACUGCAGUGGAAAUCUAAGAACUUUUUUAAUAAAUCACAGCCAUUUACACGACCUGUCCAGGGUGUCCCCCGCCUUUCGCCCAAUGUUAGCUGGGAUAGGCUCCAGCCCCCCGCGACCCUGUACACAGGAUAAGCGGUUGACGAUGGAUGGAUGGAUGGACAGCCAUUUACAAUGCAUGGGUUUUGAAGUCUGCCCUUCUAAUCCAGGAUAUUAUUGUGCACGAUUGCUCUCAGCCUCCCUGAGUAUUUGAAUAAGUCGCUCACUGUUUUUGGAAAUGUUACUAGAGCAUAAAGAAAUGAGAUUGAAAUGAUGGUGCAGGGAUUGCAGAACAACAUGUCUGUGGUAGAAUAUUCACAGUUUGCUUGGUGUAUUAAAAUAACACCGUAACAUUUUUGUAAUGGUUUUGGUUCCUAAGUGUUAUUUUCUAAUAAAUCUGGUGGGAUUAAGUGGGAUUAUGCCUCAAAAGUACAGAAAAUGGCUAUUAUUCCCUGCAAACUUUACUUUUGUGACUAGGACAGUGAUAUUUUUAUAAAUGUACCUAUUUUCCAGAACAUUCCAGAUAGAUUAAGUGCCGAGUAAACUUGGAGUAACUUCUUGAACUUUCCAGUAAUAUAAAUAGUAGUAUAAACACAGGGACCUUAAUCCCACCAGUUCAGUUCCAGCUGCCUAAGUGGAUACAUAUCUGCAUUUUUUUUAGAUGGCAUCAAGGGGCUGCAAGCAUCUAGCAGACGUAUUUUGCUAUGUCUGCGGCCAAUUUAUCAAGACAAGAGCGAAAAGUACUCAGUGGAAGCAUCUGCUAAAAUGUGUGAGGCCUACAAGUUAUAUUUCGGCAUGCCUGUCGGGGAACAAGACAAACAUUGUGCACCUCAUUGAAUCUGUGAUCACUGCAAACAAACUCUGGAAGGUAAGAUGGACAAUUGUUGCGAGAAUCUCUUACACAUUCUUCAUGGGUGAAAUAAAGUAUUUUUGUAGAGAGGAAAAGAGAGCCAUGAAGUUCGCUAUCCCAAGAAUUUUGCGGGAACCCACUGACCACUCAAGCAACUACUACUUCUGCUUGGUGGACCCUUCCAAACUUCGGACUGGCAAGAAUGAACCUGCUAUCACGUAUCCGGAUAUUCCUUCAUCCAUUUCCCCAGUGCCACACUGCCGUGAGCUCCCCGUACCCACGCCUCCGGAGAGAGAGCAGCCAUCUUUAGAAGAGAGCAGCAAAUCAGAGAGUGAGGAAGACGUUGUAGAUCCAGAUGACAAUUUAAGAGGUGGAGUUGAGGAGAUAAACCCAUACUACCCCAACCAAAAAGAUCUCAAUAACUUGAUUAGAGAUCUUGGUCAUAUGCUGUUUUCUUCAGACUUUAUGUGAAGGAAAAGACACAAAAUCACUUGUUUUCUCAUUGGAAAUAGGUACAUUUCAAAAUAUCACUGUCCUGGUCACAAAAGCAAAAUUUUUGGGGAAUAAUAGCCAUUUUCUAUAUGUUUGAGGAAUAAGCAAUUAGGAAAUAACACUUACUACCCAGGAACAAAAAUUGUGUUACCUAGUGUAAUUAGACUCUGAAGGAAAUGUCAACAGAAAGGAAAAUGCAUACAGGAAUGCAGUAUUUAUCGCACACUUUAGUAAACAUAUGGGUAGCCUGCAGUUGUUGGACCGAUUUGUACAAAGUCUGUCAGUUUGUGGAGGAGGAAGUGGCUUUCUCCUGCUCCCGUCUUUCAUGUCGAACAGUGCUUUCAGAAAUCUGCUCAAUACAAGGAAUUCCUGAAAGUUUUCUGAAGUGUUUUCCUACAGUCAGGGUUUCUGAUAGGGAUGGUUCGAGAGCUUGUGUGUGAGGAGGUCAGCAGAUCCCUACAUUUUUAUAACUCCAGUCUGAAAAUAAUUUAAAGUAGCUUUCUGUCUUCAUUUUGUAGACUUGUAAAAGAUUAGAUUUUGAUUGAAAAUCCAUUGACUUCUUUUACGUUCAUACAUUGCCUUAUCAGACACAGGUUUGGGUUAUGUGAAACAGCCACUGUAACACUGUGACUUUACAUCCUAAAAAUAAAAAGUCUUUUGUUGUUCGGGUGGUUGAUCACAGGGAAUUCAGGAGACUUCCUCAACUGACUACAGAUGAUACUUGAAGUCUGAAUUAGUAGGCUGGAAGUGUAUUGUGUUGUGAUUAAUCAGUCAAUGACUGUUUUUGUUGUGAAAUCAUUAGCUACUUGCACCUCAAGAGUGUGUGUGUGUGUGUGUGUGUGUGUGUGUGUGUGUGUGUGUGUGUGUGUGUGUGUGUGUGUGUGUGUGUGUGAGAGAGAGAGAGAGAGAGAGUGUAUCAUAUUUCUCAAAGAGACUCUUUCAUUAUUGUUGCCCAUCUGUCAGAUGCACAGUGGUUAGACUCGCGGUGAAACCCUGAACAUCUUCGCUUAAUCUUUGUUUGUCCUCUUUUAUAGUCAUGUAAUGGCCUUUUUUAUGGCCAAAUCUCCUCCUUUGUUUUCAUUUGAAAUGUGGACCUUUGCUACAGUAUGCGUUUAAAUGGAUGUGAUCGCGAAAGACGAGGAGCAAGUAUUUCAUGCCCGUUCCAGGAUGGAGGCCUCCUGUCUGGAGCUGGCUCUGGAAGGUGAGCACCUGUGUAAAGUGGGGGAUUACCGUGCGGGCGUGUCUUUUUUUGAGUCUGCCAUCCAGGUGGGCACAGAAGACCUCCAGAUUCUGAGUGCCAUCUACAGUCAGCUGGGCAACGCCUACUUCCACCUGCACGAAUAUAAUAAAGCGCUGGAAUACCAUCAGCAUGAUCUCACCCUCACCAGAACUAUUGAAGACCAGUUGGGAGAGGCUAAAGCUAGUGGUAACCUUGGAAACACGUUAAAGGUUCUCGGUCGCUAUGACGAAGCAGCGGUUUGUUGCCAAAGACACCUGGACAUUUCCAGAAUGCUCCAUGACAAGGUGGGGCAGGCUCGGGCGCUGUAUAAUUAUGGGAAUGUGUACCACGCCAAAGGGAAGAACAUAUGUUGGAGUGGUAUGGACCCUGGAGAAGUUCCGGAGGAGGCACGCAUCGCUCUAAAGAAAGCAACCGAGUACUACGAAGCGAACCUGGCCUUUGUGAAAGAGUUAGGGGACAGAGCGGCACAAGGCAGGACCUACGGUAACCUUGGCAACUCGUAUUACUUGCUCAGAAACUUCCAGGAGGCUGUUCUUGCUCAUGAGCAGCGUCUCCUUAUUGCAAAGGAGUUUGGUGACCGGGCAGCCGAGAGGAGAGCGUACUGCAACCUUGGAAAUGCGUACAUAUUCCUUGGGCAGUUUGAGGACGCAGCUGAACAUUACAAGCGGACGCUGCAGUUGGCCCGUCAGCUGAAGGACAGAGCAGUGGAAGCACAGGCCUGUUACAGUCUGGGCAACACCUACACUCUUCUCCAGGACUAUGAGAGAGCCAUAGACUACCACCUCAAACAUAUCAUAAUCGCUCAGGACUUAAAGGACAGGAUUGGAGAAGGGAGGGCAUGCUGGAGUUUAGGGAACGCCUACACCGCACUGGGAAAACACGAGCAGGCCAUGAGCUUCGCCGAGAAACAUCUGGAAAUCUCUAAAGAGAUUGAAGACCGCAGUGGGGAGCUGACAGCCAGAAUGAACAUAUCUGAUCUACAGCUGGUUUUGGGUCUCAAACAAAACAAUUUGAACACAAACAGCUCGGCCUUAACUGAGAUUCUCCCCAGUGACAGCAGUCCGACUGUAGGUGGAAGAUCCAGAGGUAGCCGGAGACACAGCAUGGAGAACAUGGAGCUCAUGAAGCUAAGCUCUGACAAAAAUAUGGGGCAGGCCUGUGAGGAGAAUACAACCGACCAACAAACCAAAUCACCGACCAAAUCCUCCAUAGCCAAGACGUCCUCCAAGCUUUUCUUCAUCAAUCACUUCAGAGGGAAAAAACACAAGUUAAACGAAUCUAAUCCCACUGCCACAGCAGAGAACCACAACAGCAGCACGCCUUCAGCUCCUUUGGAAACGCAGUCUGCACCAGACACUCUGGGUGAUGAUGGCUUUUUCGACCUUCUAAGCCGCUUCCAGGGCAGCCGCAUGGAUGAUCAAAGGUGCUCUUUAGAGGACAGCAUAAGCCAUGUUCCCGCCCCCUCCUAUCCCUGUGAAACCCCUCCUGUAGCCUCAAAGAAAUCUAUUUCCGUGUCCGAAGCGGAGGCCUCAUCACAACCAUGGCAUUUCCUAGACCUGCUGGCCAGCUCACAGAGCCGGCGACUGGACGAGCAGAGGAGCAGUGUGGACAGACUUCCGGGUGUCCGGCUGAACCAGCGCCGCAGCCAGGAUGUUCUCAGCAAACUCAUGGCCUCUGCUGAUGGCAAGGAGACAGAUGAAGACUUCUUUGAUAUACUGAUAAAGUGCCAGGGAUUCAGGCUGGAUGACCAGAGGUCCGCUCCGCCACCUCCCCCAACCAGAGGCCCCACAGUCCCAGACGAAGACUUCUUCAGUCUCAUCCUUCGCUCCCAGGAGAAAAGAAUCGAUGAGCAGCGAGUUAUCUUACCAUCAGAAACAACACCUCUUUAGUCCUGACUGACCUUCUCUUUAAAAGCCUGGCUGGGACCGAGUCUCCAUGAGACCAAAAUUGCAGCCUCGUUGAAGUCUCCUUGAGUCUUACCCAUGAACAUAUGCCUUGUUUCAGCACACUGACAGUCAGACUCUACAAGAUUUUUCCCUUCUUGCUCAAUAUGAAGAAUUUUCAUUGGAGAUGAUGCAUGAAUUUCAAGAAUUUACUUUUAAUUUAGUCAUAGAUUUAGCUCAAGAUUCCUACAACCAUACUCUAAACUGGAUAUACAUGUGUCUGUGCAGAAUAAAGAGAUGUUUCUUCUGGAUCAGACUUCCUCAGGGAUGUAAUAUGAUGCACUGAAAUGCAUUUCAUUCACCUGGAUAACUGGAUGGGUUUUGGACAGUAUCAGCUGAUAAUGGACUUCAAUGUCAGACUCUAUUUUAUAUAUUUUUAACCCUAAACUUUGUAUAAUUUCUUGUGAUUAGUUUUUUUUUUUUCUAUUUUCUGCUUGACUUGAAAUGUGUUUUAUAUGAUCUUUUAAUACCAUCAAAUCAAUGUUGAAUAUCAAUGUUUUUAAUGUUUUAGAAACCAACAACAACCUGUCUUCAAAAGUCUGUAGUUUGUAUGUGAACAUAAAAUAAUUUGUUCUUAAAAAAAGAAAGGAUAUAAGACAAACACAAAAUUAAAUGCUAAUUUUAAAGUUGAAGUCAGAAGUUUACAUACACUUAGGUUGAAGUCAUUAAAACACAUUUUUUAACCUUCCCAACUCCAUCCGUGAAGCUGACUCACUCUCUAUCUUCAAAAAAAUGACUUAAAACACAUCUUUUCCAUGAGCGCUUUAACUGAAUACUAUUCUAAGGCUAGUGAAACUUUGUAAUAUGGCACUUUUCGGUCCACUGUCUCCUUAAGAUGAUUCGCUUAUGUUUUCCUCUUUUGUAAGACGCUUUUGAUAAGAGCAUCUGCCAAAUGAAUAAAUGUAAAUGUGAUAAAUGUAACCACUUCACAGAUUUAAUAUUAUCAAAUAAUAAUUUUGUCAAGUCGUUUAGGACAUCUACUAUGUGCAUGACACAAGUAAUUUUUCCAGCAAUUGUUUACAGACCGAUUGUUUGACGUUUAAUUGACUAGAUCACAAAUCCAGUGGGUCAGAAGUUUACAUGCACUAUGUUAACUGUGCCUUUAAGCUGCUUGGAAAAUUCUGGAAAAUGAUAUCAAGCCUUUAGGCAUUUAGCUUCUGAUAGGAGGUGUACUGAAUUGGAGGUGUACCUGUGGAUGUAUUUUAAGGCCUAACUUCAAACUUCAGCGCCUCUUUGCUCAACAUCAUGGGAAAAUCAAAAGAAAUCAGCAAAGACCUCAGAAAAAAUAUUGUGGACCCCCACAAGUCUGGUACAUCCUUGGGAGCAAUUUCCAAACACCUAAGGGUACCACGCUCAUCUUUACAAACAAUAGUACGCAAGUAUAAACACCAUGGGACCACGCAGCAUCAUACCGCUCAGGAAGGAGACACAUUCUGUCUCUUAGAGAUGAACGUAGUUUGGUGCAAAACGUACAAAUCAAUCCCAGAACAACAGCAAAGGACCUUGUGAUGAUGCUGGAGGAAACUGGUAGACAAGUAUCUAUAUCCACAGUAAAACGAGUCCUAUAUCGAAAUAACCUGAAAGGCUGCUUGGCAAGGAAGAAUCCACUGCUCCAAAACUGCCAUAAAAAACCCAGACUACAGUUUGAAAGUGCACAUAGGGACAAAGAUCUUACUUUUUGGAGAAAUGUCCUCUGGUCUGAUGAAGCAAAAUGGCCAUAAUAACCAUUGUUAUGUUUGGAGGGUAAAGGACGAGGCUUGUAAGCUGAAGAACACCAUCCCAACCGUGAAGCAUGGGGGUGGCAGCAUCAUGUUGCAGGAGGGACUGGUGCACUUCACAAAAUAGAUGGCAACAUAAUGAAGGAAAAUGAUGCGGAUAUAGUGAAGCAACAUUUCAAGACAUAACCAGGAAGUUAAAGCUCGGUCACAAAUGGGUCUUCCAAAUGGACAAUGACCCUAAACAUUCCUCCAUUGUUGUGGCAAAAUGGAUUAAGGACAUCAAAGUCAAGGUAUUGGAGGGGCCAUCACAAAGUCCUGACCUGAAUCUGAUCGAAACUUUGUGGGCAGAACUGAAAGAUUGUGUGAGCAAUGAGGCCUACAAACCUGACUCAGUUACACCAGUUCUGUCUGGAGGAAUGGGAAAAAAUUCCAGCAACUCCUUGUGAGAAGCUUGUGGAAGGCAACCCAAAACGUUUGACCGGGGACAGGGAAUGUUUCCUAUGAUUAAAUGUCAGGAAUUGUGAAAAACUGAGUUGAAAUGUAUUUAGCUAAAGUGUAUGUAAACAUCUGACUUCAACUGUAUGUAACUUUUUCUGUGUUAAAAUACUUUCUCCUACCCCAGCUUAAUAUGCAGAGACAACUAUAAGUAAGCCAUUAAUUGGUUCAUUUUCAUAAAAGGUAAGCACUGUGUUUCUGUGGCGCUAUAAAUAUAUUGAUCUUUCUUUUGUGCGACCAGCUUAGACCCACCCCAAUAACUAGCUCAACCACUGGUGGUGGGGGGGGCAGGACUAUCUCUAAGUUUGACCAUGACAGACAGGGGUUGGUGUAUUCUGUUUGGUGGCGCUAGUGGCAGUACUUUUGCUUUAAACAGCCCCAUUUUUAAAAGAAAGACCGUCUCAAUGCAAUAGGAUGCAUUAUUAUCACUUAAGUUUUCACAAGGCUGCAUGGGAAGUUAUGAGAGUAACCUUUAUUCUUUUCACAUUUCUCUAGUCAUAAUAUUUCAGAUAUGAGAGAUAUAUUCAGCUAUAUCAGCUAAUCCUGCUGAAUUACACUAGAGAGUAUUUUGCAGAGACAGGCCACUGCUAUUAAAAUGAAUGGGAUAAAAUGGAACGCCCAACGGUCAGCAGAUGUAGAAAGGAAGUUCCGCCUUACAGGUAAAAGAGCCAAUCAGCUUUUAGAUACAGACAUAACCUGUCAAUCAACUUUGAACGUGCAUGUCCGUUAGCUGUACAGUCUGGGAUAAUUGCGUAUUUUAUUGUAAUCUGAGGUAAAGAUGCACAAUUUAUGGUACCAGUUUUGUCCCAAUUUUACUGCUGGUUUUAAAUAUGUUCUUUGAUCACAAUCUUGACCAACUGUUUUGGAGAUUUCAGUCUUUCCCCAUUCAAGUAUAUAGGAGCUGCACUUUUAUGACUGGAAAUAGCUUCCCGGGAGCGUUGCAAAGAUGUCCGCCAGUGGACUGACAUGCUAGUAAGACUUUUAUUACACAUCACAAAUUUAUGGAGCCCAACUAAGGUCACAAUAUAGGACAAAAAAAUUUUUUUUUACAAUCAAUACUCACAGUUUUGCAAACUGAACCCUUGGAUUCUCAAGUGAACCCCAAGUGAAUAAAAACAAUGAU